AUGUCGAAUCAAAGUUAUCUGAGCAUCUGCCACCAGAACAAAGACGGUGCUGUGAAGAAUGACACCGAGACAUCGAUGCCUUCGGCUCCUAUACCAAUUAAUGCAGGCGGAAGGGAGGGGAAUGGGAAGAAGAAAACCAGAAGAGCAAUGCCGUGGAUGAGGUUUUCUCGGAACGGAAACACGGAAGUGAUUGAAUGCGACACGAGAACCAUCAUGAAACGUGUUUCCAUUCCUGCUAGGGAUUUAAGGAUUCGUGGCCCUCUUUUCUCCAGCUCUUCGAACAUUCUCGGCAGGGAGAAAUCUAUUAUUGUCAAUUUGGAGAACAUCAAGGCGAUAGUUACCGCAAACGAAGUGUUGCUGCUGGAUCCUCUCCGCCCUCAAGUACUUUCCCUCAUUGACCAACUAAAGAAACAGUUUCCUCAGAGGAAUGUACCGGAAGAUAUACAAUCUUCGCAAGAAGCUGAAGAGGGCAUUCAGAGUGAGCUUCCAUUUGAAUUUCAGGUCCUCGAGAGUGCAUUCGAGGUUGUCUGCUCUUUCUUUGAUACCAGAGUUACAUCCUUGGAGACAGAAGCUUUGCCUGUUCUUGCUGAACUAAUUGAGAAAGUCACCAGGGAGAAUCUUCGCAUCGUACGAAGCUUGAAAAGUAAUCUCACAUGCUUAAUAGCCAGUGUACAAAAGGUGAAAGAUGAAAUUGAACACUUAUUAGAUGAUGAUAAAGACAUGGCAGAAUUCUACUUAACAAGGAAAGUCAUCCAGAGCCAGCAAGAGGACGUGGAGGAUCUGGAGAUGUUGCUGGAAGCAUAUUUGAUACAAGUGGAGGGAACGCGGAACAAGCUCCAUACAAUGAGGAAAUACAUUGACGACACAGAAGACUACGUGAAGAUAAAACAGAAAGAUAAACGUAACCGCUUGCUUGUGUUUAAGCUGAUGAUAAGUAGAGCUUCUUUUGCAAUAUCUGCAGGGACAUUAGUCGUCAGCUUAUUCGGAAUGAACAUACCGAUUCCGCUGUACAACACAAAUGGUGUCUUUGGUUACUUGGUGUUGGGUGUUUUUGUGAUGUGCAUUGUGCUUUUCAUGUUUACCUUUGGCAAGGCUGGGUGGGAGAAGCUGCUUUGA